CGAGCCGAUCCGGACCCGCUGUACCUGCAGUCGGAGCGCUGGACGCCGAGUGGACGCCGCCGGAGCUCCGGCCCCGCCGAGCGAUGAACGGGACGCGGGACUGGGGCGCCCCGGCGGACGUGCCCCCGGAGGGGCAGAUCGCGGUGGGCAGGAAGACCUAUGCCAUGGUGUCCAGCCUUUCAGCCGGUCAUUCUCUGGCUUCAGAACUGGUGGAGUCCAACGAUGGGCAUGAGGAGAUCAUCAAGGUGUACCUGAAGGGCCGGGCUGGGGACAAGCGGGUCCAUGAGAAGAACAUCGACCAGCUGAAGAGCGAAGUCCAGUAUAUCCAGGAGGCCCGGAGCUGCCUGCAGAAGCUGCGUGAGGACAUCAGCAGCAAGCUCGAGCAAGGCCCCGGGGAGCCCCAUUGGCAGGACGUCCAGGUGGUGCUAGACACGCCCAAUGGCUUUAGCCGCAGCCCCCCACCCCUGUACAGCCCCCCUCCUAAGGUUGACGCCUUUGUACACGAAGACGUCCAGAGCCUGAGGAAGAACGUGCAAGACUUGCUCGCCAAGUUGCAGGAGGCUGAGCGGAAGCACCAGUCCGACCGUGUGGCUUUUGAGGUCACCCUGAGCCGCUACCAGAGAGAAGGGGAGCAGAACCACGCGGCCCUGCGGAGCGCCGAGGCCCGGGCGGAGCAGAAGGAGGAGGCCGCCGGGCAGCUGCAGGGGCGCCUGCUGGCCAUGGAGACGGAGCACCAGGCCUUACUGGCGAAACUGAGGGAUCAGGAGCUGUCCCUGGAGGAGCUGCGGAGCAGGGAUGCCAGCUGCCAGGCGGAGCGGGAGAAGGCCGCCGGCCUCGAGAAGGAGGUGGCAGGGCUGCGGGAGAAGAUCCGCCAGCUUGACGACAUGCUGAAGAGCCAGCAGCGCAAAGUCCGGCAGAUGAUCGAGCAGCUCCAGAACUCAAAAGCUGUGAUCCAGUCCAAGGACAGCACCAUCCAGGAGCUCAAGGAGAAGAUUGCGUAUCUGGAAGCUGAGAACCUGGAGCUGCAUGACUGCAUGGAGCACCUGAGGGAGAGGCAGAGCAGCCCCGGGGGCUUCAGCACGCAGACGCGGGCCAGGACGGAGAGCACGGGCAGCGUGAGAAUCUCGAAGCCCCCCGGCCCGAAGCCGCUGCCGCUGAUCCGGGUGGUGGAGACGUGAGCGGGGUCCGCUGCGCUCAGCCUGGGCCGUGGGACGCCUGUGACUCGCCGCCUGGACGCCUCUUCCCGACCUCCUGCAGUGGCACCCCCGGAGCGGGCUUGAGGCGUCCAGCCUGUCCAGACGCCUGUCCACUGCAGCCGGGCCGGAGAGGACACGCGCCCUCUGGACACCUCGGUGCUGAGCCGUGCCGGGGCCGGGCGGGGCCCUUCCUCCUGCGGCACCUUCUGUUCUCUGGUGACGCUGCCCUGCCCAGCCCCUAGGCCAGGCCCUCCGCCCGGAAGUGGAACUGCUGGUGGACCAGAUGUCCAGGGUGAUGGGAGCACUCCAGGAAAGGAGCUCCUGCCACGGCGCUCACUUCCAAGCAGUGGUCUGUUCUCUUCAAGCCACUGCUGACCUGGGCCUCUGCAGAUGGACAAGGGGCCACCUGCCGGGACCUGACCGAGGCUGAGGACCUCGUGGGCUGUGGACAGCCGUGGCUUUGGGGACGUGGCCGAUGUGUCUUCGUGGAGUUGCUUUUAGCCAGAGCUGCUGCAGACCAUGGACAGGGGCGGGGCUUCGGCUGCUGCCAGGCCCCUCAGGGUCCCCGGGCCCACACUCCACACCGCCAGGCACAGGCUGGUCUGUCUGACCCGUUCUCCCCGGGCACAUGUAUCUCCCCGGGGCGCUCCGUGUAUUUAUUUCGCUAAGUUAUUUUCACUCUUGCUGACAUCUCACAUUUCACCUCAUCCCAAGGCUUCUCCAGCCUUCUCACACUGGGUCUGGGUUUGCAGACGGGCGUGAUGGUGAGCGAGCACAGUAUGCUUUGUGGUUUAUAUUUGUGGGAUUUUUUUUUUAAUAGGGGGACACACCCAGCAGUGCUCAGGGCUUACCUCUGGCUCUGUACUCAGGGAUCCCUCCUGGCGGUGCUCGGGAACCAUAUGGGAUGCCGGGGAUUGAACCUGGGACGGCUGCGUGCAGGGCAGAUGCCCUCCCUGCUGGCUGACGCGCCGGUCCCCAGCACAGCAUGCGUUCAACUUCUCUCCUCUGCCUUCCUCUUGGGAUCAGGUGUGCCCCUCUGGACGGCAGGCGUCUCGGGGUGUGUCUGGGGGAGCAGGCGCUCAGGACCCCAGGGGAGGUGUGAGCCCCUCUCCCGCCCCCGUGCACACUGCAUCUGAACUCCCUCUUCCCCAUCUCCGAGUGACUCUUCACCAGCGUGUUUGCUUCAGGUCUCCUGGAGCAUAAGGAGAUCCAGGGAUCAUACAUCUGAGAAAAAUUCAAGCACAGCCAAUGGAGGUUAAGCCUCUGGGUCAUACUCGCUGCAGACCAAAAGCCUUAAGCCCGCGUGUUUGUGUGGGUCUGUGCAGCUGUACCUGCUGGUUUCUGGUGGUGUUCAUCCUCUUUCCUCCUGUGUCAAACAUGAUUCAGACCCCAUCAUCUCCAUGGGCCCUUCAGUUCUGAUACUUCCCCCUGUAACAUAGUUUUGUGUGGUAAAUUUAAUAAAUUAUGUUAGUGUUCCUCUUUGAA